CGGUGCCCCCCGCACCAACGAACUGCUGCUUCUUUCUGCUCCUCGUCGCCGUCCUCCCCAAUCUGCUCGUAUCUGGAUUGGAGCGGAGGGGGGCACAUCCAUCCGGACUCGGAAUCGAUCUCUUUCCUCGUUCGGUUCGAUUAGGAUAUUCUUGUCCAUCUUCUCCCCCUCCGGCGCGCGCAAGAUCGAUCGAAUUUGAGAAUUCCCCGGCUAUAGCAAGCACUUGUUUUGGCAGGGAGAGGAUGGAGUUUGGAAGGAAGCCUCUUAGCCUGGUGGAGCUCUGCGUCCGGACGGUCAUCGACAACCUCCAGUACCUGGGCAGCGUCGACGGCGUGGAGAUGCAGCUGCUCAAGCGCAUCCUGCCGCACUGCACGCUGGAGCAGCUCACCUGCAUCGAGAACCGCACCAAGAUGGAUCUUAGCCCGGUCACCGAUGCGCUGUGGAAGCGGUUCUAUCAGCGGCAAUUCGGCGAGGACAAUUUGAACCUUGUCAUCAAAAAAAUGAAGCAGAGCAGAGCGCAUUACAAAUGGCAGGACCUCUUCAGGGCAAAAACAGAGAAGCAAAAGGAAAUUGAAGAUAUGAUGGUGGAGAAAUUCACAAAGAAGUUUAAGGCUGAGAAAGCUGAGAAACAAAGCAAACAAAUUAAACUUUGUACAAAGGUGCCACCAAGCAGCAAAAGAAGUUUCUUCGGGCGAGGUGGGCCUAGCAACCUAUCCAAUUCCAACUACAAGAGCCCUAUACUGAAAAAAGCUAGGAUAGAGGUUAACAGUCGAGCAAGAUUGCAGGCUGCUAUCCAAAAGAAUUGUCUUGCAAGGUCAUCUCAGCCAACAAGGAUGACCUCUCUUAGUGGACAGCCAAUGAGAACAACCACCAUUCAUAGACCCAAUUCAACAAUCACCAUCACCAAACCAAAUGGUGCAAACAGGCAAAUUCAGAACAGCAGACCCAAAUUAUAGAAAAUUGUUUACUGCGACAUCGCAUGUUCAACUCCAGAGCUCGUGUGGCUCUGCAGAAAGUAUUUCUCCUUUGUACAAGUUGUUACUUGCCAUUUCAUGAAGUCAUUGUACCCUGGGAAACAGCCUUUCCAGCUGUGCACUUGCAGAUGUAUCUUAAAUGUGCAUCCAUUUGGCGAAGGAGAAACACAACAAUUGUGCCAUAAGUUCAUUAUCAAUACUUGUAACAAUAUUUACUUAUUAAAGGGGAAAAACAUGUUUCUUGGUU